CGUGUAUCAUCUUGUUUUAGUUGACUGUGAACAGGCAGCUGAACUUGACGUUUGCAUACGUCGCAUGCAAUUAUCUUCUCAAUUACGGAUAAAAAUUUAUUUCGUUGUUACUACUAAAACGGAGUAUUUGUUUUUGCAUUGCAAACGAUUUUAUUUACGUACGAACGAAUAGCGGUAAAUUUCGUUUACGCCAUUUUUUUAACCGUUUUAAGGCAACACAGUUAGUUGCGCGCGCGUUUCAAUUAACGGCAGUUAAACUAAAAACGUGAAAGUGUUUUUAAAAUAUGAAUUAAGUGGAUAAAUAACGAAAUAUUUCACAAAUUUAUAAGAAUUAAGUGAUAACUAACGAAGAAUUGUAUAAAUUUAUGUGAGAGAGAAAGAAAAUAAAGUGCAAAAUAUUUGCCAAAAAAAAAAUAACGAAACUUGUUUGAAAAUAAAAACAAAUAAUAAAAUUCUUAAGAAAAGAAUUCGAACAUCUAAAUUUAAAACAAAACAAACGACUUACGAAACUUUAAACAAAUGUAAAUUUGAAAUUACAAAAAAUAAAAAUAAACAGUGAAAAAGCCAUAAAAAUACAGCAAAAUAUAAACAAAAUAAGAAAUAAAAUUUUUUCUAACCACAAACGAAUUUAAAUACAUAUUGCAAAAUAUACGAAAUUGAAAAAGAAAAUUUUAAACGAAAACACAAAAAAUAAAUUGUGUAUAAAAUUAAUGGACUAAAUUAAAACUUUUUUAGUUUAAAUAUGAGAAAUUAAAAAAAAAAAAUUCAACUAAACAAAAAACAACACAAACUCAUUCAAAACUAUCUAUACAACCUCAAAACAAUAAAGUGAUUUACACAGUUAAAACAAGAAACCCCACCUGCACAAUGAUACCCAAACUGAUAUGUCUCCUACUAAUUCUCUGGCUGGCUAUGGUGAAUCUGCCCUCUUCUCAAGCCAUACCCAGUGAUGUGUAUUUGAAAAUGUUUGCAGCGCAGGCUCCUUCAGAUCCCUGCUACGAUGAUGAUAAGGCCCGUAAAUGUAUUCCCGAUUUUGUAAAUGCCGCCUAUGGAGCACCAGUUCUAGCCUCCAGUACUUGUGGCAUGGAUAAUCCACAAAGAUAUUGUGAAACGGCAGCGUCUACCCUAACCGGCAGCAUGUCUCAGGAUAUGACUUGUAAUAUAUGUGAUAAUAGCAAUCCUCAAAAAAGAUUUUCCUCUUUGGCUUUAACCGAUUUAAAUAAUCCCAACAAUGUCACCUGCUGGAGAUCAGAACCUAUCGCACCAGUUUCCAAUCCCAAUGCUCCCCCGGAUAAUGUUACCUUAACAUUGUCGUUAGGCAAGAAAUAUGAAUUGACUUAUGUUAGUUUGCAAUUUUGUCCUAAGGCACCCAAGCCCGAUUCCAUAGCCAUAUAUAAAAGUUCGGAUUAUGGCAAAACCUGGCAGCCAUUCCAGUUCUAUAGCUCGCAAUGUAGACGGGUCUAUGGUCGUGCUAAUCGGGCCACUAUUAACAAACACAAUGAACAGGAAGCCAGAUGUACUGAUUCCCAUCGUCAUACCAGUGAUAUUAUGGGCGGCCUACAAGGCUCCCGGAUAGCCUUUAGUACUCUUGAGGGUAGGCCCUCAGCCAAGGAUUUAGAUGCUUCACCUGUUUUACAAGAUUGGGUGACAGCUACCGAUAUUAAAGUGAUUUUCCAUCGCCUACAAAUGCCCGAAACUAAUGCUCUCAUUACUUUGGAUAAUCCCGGCGAAAAAACUGCAGAUGUCAAGUCCGGCAAAUACAAUGAACCCAAUUCGUUAAUCAUUAAUGCUCUCGAUCAAACCAACUCUAUAAUAGGGGGUUCCGCUACAGCAUUGGCUGCUAGUUCUGGUCUACACUAUGCUGUUUCGGAUUUUUCUGUGGGUGGACGUUGCAAAUGCAAUGGUCAUGCCUCCAAGUGCAUAACAGAUCAUCAUGGCGUAUUGACCUGUGAGUGCAAGCAUAAUACCGCCGGCCGCGAUUGUGAACGUUGCAAGCCAUUCCAUUUCGAUCGUCCCUGGGGUCGUGCCACGACACGUGAUGCCAAUGAAUGUAAAAUUUGCAACUGUAACAAUCAUGCCCGCCAGUGUCGCUUCAACAUGGAACUAUUCAAAUUAUCCGGACGUGUAUCCGGUGGUGUUUGUCAAAAUUGUCGUCACUCAACAACUGGUCGUCAUUGUCACUAUUGUAAGGAAGGCUUUUAUCGUGAUCCCACAAAGCCAUUGAAUCAUCGUCGUGUCUGUAAACCAUGUGAAUGUCACCCCAUUGGCUCAACGGGUAAAACCUGCAAUCACACAUCCGGUCAAUGUCCUUGUAAGGAUGGUGUUACCGGUUUGACUUGCAAUCGCUGUGCUCGUGGCUAUCAACAGAGUCGUUCCCAUAUUGCUCCCUGCAUAAAAAUUCCACCACGUAAUAGCAAUAUGUUGGAUACACAAAAUACUGCACCGGAACCUCAUCAUGACUCCGCAUCACCUUACCGUACGGAAGGUGGGAGGGAAUGCGAAAAAUGCAAAAUAAGCACAAAAAGACUAAACCUCAACAAGUUUUGCAAAAGAGAUUACGCAAUAAUGGCCAAAGUGAUUGGACGGGAACGGAGUACCGAGGUAACGAGCAGCGAACAAUAUACCAAAGAAAACCAAAAUCAACAAAUGAACGACGCCGACAGCGCGGAAACGGACGAUCAAAUGGCAACAGUGAAGUUCGAUAUACAGAUACAAGCAAUAUUCAAGCGAACACCCCUAGAAUACGCAACUACGAAUACAAUCCUAAGACGAGGUCCUAUGACCUGGAUCAUACCAGUGAAGAAUUUAGAGUGUAGAUGUCCCAAAAUUAAAAUGAAUAAAUCUUAUUUAAUUUUGGGUAAAGAUUCUGAAGCUCCUCCCGGCUAUUUGGGUAUUGGUCCUCGUUCUAUUGUUAUUGAGUGGAAAGAUGAAUGGUAUCGGCGCAUGAAACGUUUUCAGCGCAGAGCGCGUACAUGCGAAUAAAUUAGUUUUUUAUUUUUAUUUUAAUUUACUUUAACUUUUUUUCUUUAGUACUAUAUCAUUUCAUUAUUAAGCAAUUAUAAGAAUAUUUAAUAUGUAACUGUAAGCAGUAAAACUUAAAAAAAAUCAUAAGAAAAUCUUAAAAACAACAAAAAAAAUAUAACAAACAAGUUUUAAAUGUGUAUAAAAAAAAUUUAAGAAAUUUUUUUAUUUUUUAGUUUUUACUAUUAACAAGUAAAUAGAUUUUAUGCAAAGAAAAUUAAAUUUAUAAUAACAAUAUAGAUUUUGGAAGAAAAAUUAAUAAACAAGAUAGGAAUUUUAGGUCUCUGCUGAUUUUUUGACCAGGCUCAAUAAAAAGAAAAACUGACGUUCUCAAAGUAUUGUUUUAAUAGCAGAAAAGUACUAUUUUAGGUUUUUCUGUUCAUUUGAGAACCUGAUAUUCAACUUCUGGGGAUAUAAUUUUUUAAAAAAUUAAAAUAAAUCUGCUAUUUCUUAAUGAAAACUGAAUUGUCGAAAAUUAAAAUUUUAUUAAAAUAAGACUGUUUACUAAGAAAUGGCAGAUUUAUUUCCAUUUUUUAUUUAAAUCCCCCCACUAAUGGUAAAAAAAAUAAGCAGGAUCGAAAAAUUUUGUUCUUGAAAGUAAUAAGCAGAAUUAUAGCAUAUUUUUAAAAAUAUUCAAGCAAAUUUAAUUGGUAGAUUCAAGAAUUAUUAAAAAAAAAGUAAGGAUGCUGUAGUUAAACUAACUAGAUAAAAUUAAAUUCUAAUAUAGAUAUAAUUCAAUAUGAUUUCAACACUUGAGGGUAUAAAAUUUUAAAAUCAAUUAAAAAGGUUCUAGAUAUAACACUUUAUAUGAAGAUAAUCUGCCACCUUAACAUGAAAUUGCUAAUUAAAUGAAAAUAAAUUCAUAUUUUUUUUAACAAAUUUUAGCACAUUUUUUAUGAAGACAAAAACCGGUUUCCGGUUUAACCGAAAAAGUGUGUUUUUGAAAAAACCUGUUUAGAUUAUAGACUUUUAAAUAAACCGGUUAAGCGGUUUCGGCUUUUGUCUUCAAACCGGUUUAUAUUAAAUUUUUAUUUAAUGGAAAUUUUGCAUUUUUGAUUUCUUGAUUUCUUUAUGCAAUUUUUUAUAUAUUUUACGAAAUGUUGUCAAAUGCUAAAAUUUUCUAUAAAAUAAAUCAAUAUUUUAAAAAAUGGUAUCAAAGUUUUUCAUAAAUAUGUUUGAAUGAGCUUUAGAAAAUAUAUUUCAUAAAAACCGGUUAACCGUCUUACAAAAACCGGUUUGUCAAAAAACCGAAACCGGUGGAGUUUACAAAGAUGAAAAAACCGGUUGACCGGUUUUCGGUUUUGGAUACUCUAUCAAGGGACUAAAAGUUUGAAAUAAUUUAUACAAUCAUAUCAAUUUAUUUAUAUCAUAUCAACACAGCUGACAUUUCAAAACUAAUUUAUCUAAGGCCUUAUUCAUAAUCAGUUUUUUAAUUCAUCAAAGAUUUAUAAAUCGAAUUUUGUAUGGAAAUUUCGUUUUAUAAAUUUAAAAAUUGAUUAUGAAUAAGGAUUCAAAAUAAACAUAUUCUUCUUAAAAAAACAGAGCAGAGAUUUGCGUUUAAAUUAAAAAAAAUAAUAAUUUUGAAACGUCUUGAGAAUAAUUUAAAUUAAAAUUGUAAAAUUUUUUAAUUUUACUAGCUGUCUCGGCAAACGUUGUUCUGCCAUAGCUCACACAAAGUUUGAAGACGCCCACUAUAAUAGUACUCCCGAUAUGCAAUAAUAAAUUUUUACUUUGAAUAGGAGGUGCCACGCCCAUUGUACCUAUAUAAGUCAAUUGUGAAUCUAAACCAUCCCACUCAAACACAAACAAAAAAUUUCAUCGAAAUCGGCCCAACCGUUAAGGAGGGGUUCAGUUACUAACACACGUACAGAAGAAUUAUAUAUAUAAAAAGAAGAAGAUUUCUAUUUAUCAGAUUUCUAUUCGGGUACAAUGGCUAUAAACAGCAAAAAGGAGUAUUAUUAUCACAUUAUUAUUAAUUUAAAAGAGAAUAUAUAAAUUUGAAAAAAUUAGAUUUACUCCUCCCAAAUGUAUGAGCUGCAUCCACUGUAUUAACAAAACAAUGCAACAUUAAAGUAGGGAUCUUUGAAUUGAAUCUUUGAAAAUAAAGUUUUGUUGCCAUUAGAACGUGAUACAAAAGAAAAAAAAGAUUGAGUGUUUAAAACGUUUCUAAGAUGACACUAUAAUGGUACAAGGUGGCGCAAAAGUAAUCACCCUCUUGAUAUACAAUUGGGAGAUUCAAACGGUCUAGCAGAUUAUCAUAUUGUCAUGAUGUCCUAAUAGUGAUAUGAUAGUUUAACUUUUUUUUGUGUUUCUAAUAAAUCAGAUCGCCCAAAAAUAUUUUUUUUAUUUUUCGAACGCUAUUGGCAUUUGUAAAGAGUACAUUUUGAUAUAUAGUCCCGCAAAUAGAGGCAUUAAAUUUGUGUGCAUGUAUGGGCAAACAAUAAAAUAUCCGCAACAACAUCAAGCAACUGAUUGAAAUAUUUGUAUUUUUACUCUUUAUUGUAUACAUUCGGAUUGUGUACGUGUAAAUUGACGAAAAUCUUCGUAUUCUGGACAAUACUAGCUAGGAACUAUGAUUUUUUGGUUGAAAUUUCCCAAUAACCAACUAUUCCCAAAUAAUGCUCGUAGUGACUUAAAAUGUUUUUACACUAACUACUGCUUCAAUUUUAAUUGAGAAAAACUGAUCUGGAGGAUAAUUCUAGGAUUCGUAUACGAACGUAGGAGAUUGAAAUUCCUUAUUCGAAAUUUAUAAUUAUAACGAGCAAGUUUUUACUCUAAAGUUAAGAAGCUAUCAAAAUUUAUUUCGAUUAUGAAUGCCAGAAUUAGCCUCUUGACAUUUGGAUAAAUAUGUAUUUCAUCUGUCAAAAAUUGAUAAAUUAGAUUUGGAGAACAUGAGGUUUAAAAUCAAAACAACAGUUUACGCUUAGAGAGAAUUGAAAAUCUAGGUACAUAUCUCUAUUGAAUGUCUAAAAAUCAUUUACGCCGUUUUGAUUUCUAUGAAAAACUUUUGCUUUUUUCUGUCCUCUUUUUCCGAAGAGAUUUAAUUUAUAGUGCUGGAAGUUGAACCUUAAAUGCCUUUAAUUUGGUACCAAAAUUACGAUUUUAUAAAAUGUUUUUCCUGAAACGAUAAUGACAUUAUGUUUUUAUUGAAUUUUCUAAGUAUAUUUGAAGCGCUAAAUAAGGUAAUUUUCAAAUCGGACAAAAUGUAAAAUCGUACGGUUCUGGAAAACUUUUAAAGCAUAAAUAGAGCAUACGAUUGGGUCGGACAUUUUUGAUGCUAAUUGAAUAAUUCGAUUAUAUCCUAAAUUUUGUCCAUAAAAGCAACAGAAGAAUUUUAAAUAGUAAUUGCAUUUUUUUCUCUCGAAACAAAUAAAGAAUUUUUAUUCCAAGAUUUAAAUUAAUCGAACUUCUUAAAUCUAUUAAGUUUUUUAAUAGUUACGUUAAUUACGUUUAUUUUUAAAAUGAGAAAUGCAUUUCAAUGAAUUAAUUUCACUAAAAAUAUUUUAAAAUUUUCAUAAGACGGUAUUUUGCAAAACAAAAUUAUUUGACACUCAACUUCACAUAGAACAAAAAUUUAUUUAAUAUUUAGUAAUUUUGAGUGCUUAAUUCUGAAAUUUUGAAAGUCUUUAUUUCUGAUUCAGUUUCAAAACUGGAAAAUUAUUUAAGAAUUUUCACACCAGGAAUCAUCAAAACCUAACAAAUAGAAAAAAUAUUAUAAGAAGCCUUUCAAUUCAGAUAUUAAAUAUUCACAAUAAUGGCAGAUUGAUGUUGACAGUCUGUGUGUGACAUGUUUGGUGGCGUUUGUCAAAUCUUUUGUUUAUUAUUCAAUCACUGAUGCCAAAUCAGCAUUACAAGUUACAAGAUUGAGCAGCAGGUCCAAAUGAUAAAACUUUAUUAUCAAAACCGACUGUGCAACAUUUGGUGGUAAAAUUCGAGCAUUUACUUGUAAGAUCGGCUGAGAACAUUGCCGGUGUCCCUGAAAUUGUGAAGAAGAUCUCGGAUUUUUAUAGACUUUGUGUCCUUUGUUUAUUAACAUGCGUAGUGUUGUAUGAAUUUCUAUCCCAAUAAGCCGCUAUUUUCCGUAUCGACAUUUUGUUGAAUCAUUUAGUUAAUUAUAUUAAUAGAAAGAAAAUAUGUACUUCAUUUGAUUACAAUCGAACUUGAUUCAUUCUACAACGAAAUUAUUUAAACCACUGUCCCAAAAAUGAGAUGGUCUAAAUUAUGUGGAUAUUCUUUAAUUUUUUUUUUCUAUUUUCUCAAAAUUUCAGUAGACAUACAAAUUGUAAUUUGAUUAAAGAAAUUGUGCUAUAAUUCUGCUCCUUACUAUUAGGUUUUUCAAUAUUAAACAAAAAUAAGAAAAUUAUAUACUAACUGCAUUUAUUUAUUAAAUAUUAAUUUUAUACAUCUCUCAUUUGUAAAUUGACUUAAUUAUUAUUAAUUUUUGUUUUACUUUAUUAUUUUAACCUGCACCAUUUUGUAAAUAAAUAUGAUAUUUUAAAAUAGAAAACAAUCUGUGAACCUUAUUUUAAAAACAGUUGAGCAAAAGCUUUUAAUCUAUUAUUUUUCAAAACAUUAAUUUAAAUCAAUCCUAAUAAGUACUUAAAAAGCCUUACACUUACUCACUCAACAAUAAACUCUUAACUUCAAGUUAACACUAAAUAUUCAAAUAAAAAUUUAUUAAAUUUCUUUGUCUAAUACAUUUUAUCGCAAAUCGAAUCCAAACAGCUUUCAAAACUGAAAUAAGCUUGUGCUGAAAUCUCCGCAAAAUGGUGCCUGGUACUCAGGAUUCGGCUAAGCCGAAUAUUAUUAUUAUUUUUUUUUUUUCAUCUCUCUUUAGUAAUACAACCGAAUAUUAAUCAAAAUAGUUUUUAGUUUUGUUCCACAUCAAAAAUAGCUGAUGAUUUCCUAUAAAAUACUAAACUCUCCACAAAAUAACGAUGUAAUACGAGUAAUGACAAAUUUUUUAAAUAUUUUUUUUAAUGAUAAAAUUAAAAAAAAUUAUUUAAAAGAUUUCAAAAAAUAAACGAACUAAAAAUCUUAAUUAAAAAGCAAUAAUGUAUUAUUAACAAAUUUCCUACUAAAGUAGCAAUUAACAAAAUAUAAAAAAAAACUGUGUUAAAACAACCUAAAUCACUCACCCCGCCCACAAAACGUUUCUCCAACAUGCCACACCUUAAACAACAACUAAAACUUAUAAUCAAAUCCUUCAAUAAACAAAAUGAACCAAAAUGCAAUAAUAUUUAUGAUUUUAAAUUUUUUUGUUAAUUAUUUUUCAUAAAAAAACACAACAAAACAUAGUAUUAAUUAAUGUAAAAAAACUCACAAAGAAAUAUUAUAUAAUAUUAUUUUUUAUUAUUAUUUAAACAAUUAUAAUAAAACUCUUUGCUAUUAUAAUAGAAAACAAAAAAUAUUCUAUAUUGUAUUUUAUAUAUUAAAAAUAUUUAUAUAAAUAAUCUUCUUAAGUCUGAUAAUUAAUUCGUCUUUUGUGUAAUAAAUUUAUUGUAGUUUUAACAACAUAUUAUUCAUUUAAAAAAAACCGUCAACAAUUCAUUAUUUCUCUCUUAAAUUAAAUGAAAAAAUUAAAUUUUGAAAAAAAAAACAAGAAAAUAUAUUUUAAACAAAAGAAUUGAAAGCAAAGUAUGAAUGCACUGCAAAAAAUUUUAAUAACCCAUUUAUUGAAUAUUUUAAAUAUCGAUUUAAUUGAAUGUCAAUUGGAGAAUUAACAACAAAAAAAAACACACACAAAAUUAUUAAAGUAAAAAGUAUAUCGUAUUAAAAAAAAUAAUAUUAAUAAAAUGAAACUAAUAUUGUACAGUUAAACAAAACAAAA